AUGGACGCAGCACACCAUACAGCAACGCAUGACAUGACUCCCAAUAUGACAAGCUUUGUACCAACGCCCAAUAUGUCGGCCUUCGACGCAGCGUCACAUACAGAAAACAUGGACGGCCGACACACACCUGACGAUGAACAUGAGCCGUGUAUCAGGACUAAUGCCGGAUCUGGAGGACAUAACCUGUCACCCACUGAUCCCGAUAGUCCCAUGAGUUGGUCAAUUCUCAAGAAGGCCUACGUAUCGGCUUGUUCAUUCUUUUUUGUGUUUGUAAUCAUGUACGGAACAACCACUUACACAGCAGCCAUCAGCGCCAUCCCAGAGGCAUUUGGUGUCUCACAGCGCGUGGCUGUCCUCGGCUUUACAAUGCCAUUCUUUGGCGUAUUUUUCGCACCCAUCUACACUCCGCAUCUCUCUGAGCGAUACGGCCGACGACCCAUCUACUUCACCAGCUUCCCGCUCUUCUGCCUCUGUGUGAUCGUGAUCGGUCUUGCAACCAACAUUUCGACAUUGUUGGCUUUUCGGUUCCUGGCUGGACUUUUUGGUGGUCCCUGCGUUGUCUUGAUCGAAGGCACUUUUGCUGAUGUCUGGCCUGCCAACAAGACGGUGACAUAUUAUUCUUUCUUGACUCUUGCUUCUUAUCUUGGAGCUGCUGCCGGCCCUAUUAUCGGCGGCUUUGUCUUCGCAGCCAAAGGGCCUGCCUGGCUCUCAUGGGUCACUCUCAUCUUCGCCACUGCAGCCCUUGCAUUUGGCUCCUUCAUGCCUGAAACAUACGGCCGAGAGAUCCUACGAACCCGCAUUCGCUACAACAAGAGCGGCAUCAGAUUGCCAUGCGCUCAAAGCGGUGUGACAUUUUCUGAAAUGACCCAUAUCACCGUCCUUACACCAGUCAAAAUGCUCUUCACAGAACCCCUCGUCAUCGUGAUCUCUCUCUACCUUGGCCUUAACUUUGCAGUUGUAUUCCAGUGGUUCAUUUCUGUACCGGCUGCAUUGGGCGCCACGUAUGGCUUUGGAGUUAGACAAUCUGGACUGGCAUUCGUCUCCGCUAUUGUUGGAGUGAUACUAGCACUUCUUACCUCCUCCUUGAUUGAGGCUCUACUCUCCAGUCGAGCUAAGCGAAACAUGGAAGAUAUUGAGAAGCGUCUUGUCCCAGCCAUGUUCGGAGCGUUCUUGGUAGCUGGUUCUCUGUUCUGGGUUGCGUUUACUGCAACUCCCAGCAUUCACUACCUUGCUCCAAUUUCUGGCACAGCAGUCUAUGUCUGGGGCAAUGCGAUGGUUCUCAUCUCGUUCAUUUCCUAUCUGUUUGAUGCAUAUCCGCCAGCUGGAACUCUUUCUGCACUCACCACUGCGGCAUGCUUUCGAUUGGUCUGCGCAGGGAUUGUGCCAGUCUUUAUCCUCGACAUGCUUACCAACCUGGGUGGAACCUGGACUUUCAGCCUCUUUGGCAUAAUCUCUGGUGUCAUGACUCCAUUUCCCUUUGUUCUCUACUGGUUUGGACCCCAUUGGCGCAGCAAGAGUAGACACCCCAAAGCUGCAUUUCAAUUUGCUCUCAUCGCGUUCAUGAUGAAGGGACUAGUCAGGUUGUUGGCCAUCUCUAGCACUCUCGCCAGAGUUGCCAGUGCCAAAGCAGUAUUUGCUCAUUACAUGGUCGGAACUGUGACCCAGGAGCAUGCGCAUAAAGAUAUCGACAAUGCCAAGUCUAUGGGCCUAGACGGCUUCGCAUUGAACAUUGGUGACGCUACUCGUGACUAUGUCUCUCAGGCUCUCAGCUACCUCUUUCCGUAUGCCGAGUCCGUCGGUUUCAAGCUGUACAUCUCCAUGGAUGUCUACGCUUCUGGUGAUGCCUGCUACCAUGGCGCCAAGUCGUCUCAGUGCCAUGGACCAUCUGACUACCAGUGGAUCUGGGACUCCUAUAAAGGAAGUUCGGCCUACUAUCAAGUCAAAGGCCGUCCUCUGAUCAGCGCGUUCUCUUCUGGUGGUUUUCACAACGAUACUUGGAUUGACUGGAAGAAAGGACUCGCAAACGACAUGUUCUUCAUGCCCGACUUUGACGAAACUGAAGGAUACUAUGACUCAGCCGAUGAAUGGUGGUCAUACUGGGGCCCGAUUACUGACGGGAUCUUCAGUUGGGAGUCUGCCUGGCCUGAACGCAAAGGCUUCGGCGGCAAGUAUGCAGGAGACGUAUCAAUCGAUGUUCCCGUUCUAUCCGGGGCCCAUAAGCAUGACAAACUGUAUAUGAUGGGCCUUAGUCCACUGCAGUACAAGAAUGCUUACGGCGCGCACGUUUAUCGCCAAGGAGACCUGAACCUGCCAAAACGUAUGAUCAACAUCCUCAACAUGGAUCCCCAGCCCGACUAUGUUCAGUUUCAGACGUGGAACGAUGGUCCUGAGGCACACUAUAUCGGAAACCUAUGGACUGAGCAGAACAACGACACUGAACCAUACUUCUAUGCCAACCAGGAGACUUGGGAUCAUACAGGCUGGCAACCUCUUGUCUCGUCUUUCGUUAAUGCUUACAAGACUGGUCAAUCAGCUUCUCAGAUGACACCAAUGAACGGGGAUGUUCUCGUCGGUGCUGCAUGGUAUCGAACCGAGCUUUCGGAUGUGAAAUGUCCAUACGAGGGUAACGAUGCCUACUACAACAAACCCGAUGGCUGGGAUGAUGACGUCAACUAUCUCUACUACGCUAUCAUCCUCAAUCCCUCCUACGGAUCUGGGUACAAGGUAACGGUUUCUGGAAGCACCGAGCACACAGCCCCUCUGAAUCCUGGUAUGAACUACGGCUAUGGCGCUAGAGAGGUUCAAACCGGCGCUCAGCGGAUCACCGUCAAGGACCCGAGCGGCAACGUUAUUUAUACUGCUACCGGAGGAAUGUGCGUUAGCGAUGGCUGCCCCAAUUACAUCUACAAUGGCAAUUACCAAGUCUUACCCUUGAAAAAGGGUAAUGUGGACCCAGUUUGCAAUCAGUGGCCUGGUAUGGACCAUAGUGUUUGUGGCUACGGUAUUUGUCAUGCCAGUGGUGACGGUGGUAACAACGCGGCGGGCGAUGACUUCACCCAUGUUACCUGUACUAACCCCGGAGUUACUGAUGCUUCCAAAGAUGCAAAGUUUCGCUGGGACUCUGUGUAUGCAGACCAGGCUUGGACGUGGGGUGUUGAUCAGUGGAAUGCUAACCCGUUCCCUGGCGGCCUGAACUUUACAGAGCAGUUCAGCAACCUUUUCCACGGCCCAGAGGGUAUCGACUGCGGUACCAUCGAGAACGACAACCCCUGCGGCUCCAAUGUGGUGCAAUGCAACGACGUCACGUAUCCGGGAGCCUACUUUGCCAUCAACUCCAUGGAAUCCAUCUACCGCCACCUUCGCGCCCAUAAAGUCAAGCGAUUUCUCCGUGAAGCUUCUUCUCGACAUCAUUGGUCUUGGAUUUUCUCUUGCGGUAUCCCCGAUGUGGAACUCAGGUUAGUACUGGUAGAUUACAUGACUCUCAAGGGCAUGCCUUACUUCAAAGCCAAUCCCAACACAUUGGCUACUGUAAAGGAUUGGGUGAACCCAAUGGUAGCAAACAGCAUUACUAUUGCUAAAGACACCCUAAAAGAUGACAGCGCCCUUAGUGCCGAGAACUCCAUCUCGACUAGGCUCAAUGCCAUUGUUACAAUCUGGCAAGCUGAGAUCGUCUCGAUGAAUGAGCAACUUUUCAACGGUUCGAAGGAAAAUACAAAUUUACUCUUCAAGACCAUUACGGACGGCCAGAUGCUCGAAACGAAGCAUCAAGAUCUUGGUGUUGAUGCGAUUCAAGCACUUGUCUCAAAAGCGCUCUUCGCGGAACUGGUUCCAAUCGCUUGGCAGCUGUCAUCUUCCGAACUUGGUCCAGUUGUCAUCGAUUCAGAGCAAGGCUGCGGAGACAAGCCUGAUGUGAAGCACAUGAGCUCCAAGAGCUACGAUUCAUCUGGUGUCUGCGUCGAUUUUAAGAUGUACUACUUGAUCGGAUGCACUGGCGAAGCUCGAACCUGCGACGAGUCCCAUGGAAGCUUCAAUCCCGGAUGCACCGAUAACCUUUUCAGUAGCCUUCCAGGACUCGAUGACCUGACAGGAUCAGAAACAGCCUUUGGUGGUUUGACCAAGGAAGAUAUCGUGAACGGAGCCGUCAACAGCUUUGCCGGUAACGGGAAUGCUAACGGAUGGUCUAUGCUUGAUCCUUCCAACACAGUUGACGGUAUGGAUCUAGUCUCCGAGUACAACGUUACAGCCCCAGGAGUCGUCAUGUUGCCGGUCUGCACAGCAUCCGAAGCCUUUUCGAAUUGGUUCUCCUUUACUAAUGGAAAGCCUAAGUCGGCCAACUACCCAUGCAAUUGA